UUUUACACCACUGACACGAAACCAUGGCGUCGAAUAUAAUUGUGGAACAACAGUUUUCCCACAAGUUAACCGUGACAAUCGUUCGAGCUGAGAGCGUCACUAAGGGAGCACUUGGGGACUUGUUGGACACACCAGACCCAUAUGUAGAGCUUUUCAUCCCGACAGCGCCAGAAAGCAGGAAGAAGACGAAACACAUAGACAACAACAUCAAUCCAAAAUGGGAUGAGACCUUUCAUUUCAUAUUAGACCCCAACCUGCAGAACGUCCUUGAGAUUACAUUAAUGGAUGCCAAUUAUGUGAUGGAUGAAACCCUCGGGACUGCUUCUUUUGACAUCUCCAACCUCAAAGUGGGCCACAGGCACAAGGAGACCUUUCUCAUUGGCAAAGCAACCAAGGUCUACUUAGAGCUGUUCCUGGAGAUAUGCACCAAGUUGGAUCUACGGUUCAGCCUGGCCCUGUGUGACAAUGAGAAACAGUUCCGACAGACGCGCAGAGAAAGGGUGAUGCUGGGCAUCAAGAAGCUACUCGACAUGGAGAAGCCCCGAUUCCUUCCCAGCUCACCGGAAGAGGUACCAGUCAUUGCUAUCUCGGGUUCAGGAGGUGGCUUUCGUGCCAUGGUUGGCUAUUCUGGUGUGAUGAAGGCCCUGUUUGAGUCUGGAGUUCUAGAUUGUGCCACCUAUAUUGCUGGUCUCUCCGGAUCCACCUGGUACAUGUCCACACUCUACUCGCACCCUGAGUUUCCAAACAAGGGGCCAAAAGAGAUAAACGAGGAACUAAUGAACAGAGUCCGCAGUAAUCCAUUGAGGCUUUUGCUGCCGCAACACGUAACCAACUACAUCCAAGCCUUGUGGACCAAGAAAGCCUCUGGACAGCCAGUUACUUUCACCGAUAUCUUUGGUAUGCUCAUCGGGGAAACACUCAUACCCGCGAGGAUGGACAUCAAGUUAAGUGACAUUCAGGAAAAAAUAAACCAGGCACAAAGUCCUCUUCCUCUUUUCACUUGUCUGCAUGUCAAGCCAGAUGUUUCUGAGCUCAUGUUUGCAGACUGGGUGGAGUUCAGCCCUUAUGAAAUUGGAAUGGCGAAGUAUGGCACCUUCAUGACACCUGACUUGUUUGGAAGCAAGUUCUUUAUGGGAACAGUUGUCAAGAAAUGUGAAGAAAACCCUCUUCACUUUCUAAUGGGUGUGUGGGGCAGCGCCUUCUCCAUUCUUUUCAACAGGGUGAUUGGGGUCAAAGACACAGCUGGAGGCUCCACCAUGGAGGAGGAGUUAGAACAGAUUAAACCACAGCACAUCGUUGGAGAAGACAGCAUGGACAACGAGGAUGAACCCCAGAAAGGUGGCUCCGAGAAUCAAGAGGCAGAGGAGGAGUAUCAUCGCACCGCUCAGGCCAGCUGGGUUCAAAGGAUGUUCACGUCGCUCUUCAGUGACUCGGCCUUGUUCAACACCAGAGAGGGUCGCGCUGGCAAGGUGCAUAACUUCAUGUUGGGUCUGAACCUGAAUACCAGCAUCCCUUUCUCUCCGAUUAGUGGGUUCGUCUGCAAUGCACCUACACCAGAGGAAGAGGUGGACGCUGUCACAGACCCGGAUGAGUUUGAUCGUAUCUAUGAGCCUCUGGAUGUGAAAAGUAAGAAGAUCCAUGUGGUGGACAGCGGACUGACCUACAAUCUUCCCUACCCUCUCAUCCUGCGGCCCCAACGUGGUGUCGACCUCAUCAUUUCCUUUGAUUUCUCUGCACGACCUAGUGACUCCAGCCCGCCGUUUAAGGAGCUCCUGUUGGCUGAAAAGUGGGCUCGAAUGAACAAGCUUCCAUUCCCGAAAAUCGAUCCAAAAGUCUUCGACCGAGAAGGCCUCAAGGAAUGCUACGUGUUCAAACCCAAAAAAGGCGAAAAGCACUGCCCAACUGUCAUCCACUUUGUCCUGGUGAAUAUCAACUUCAGGAAGUUCAAAGCACCUGGAGUUCCAAGAGAGACUGAGAAGGAGAAGGAGUUUGCAGACUUUGACAUCUUUGAUGACCCCGAGUCGCCAUUUUCCACAUUCAACUUUCAAUACUCCAACGAGGCCUACACACGACUUCACGACCUCAUGGAGUUCAACACGCUCAACAACUUGGAGGUGAUUAAAGACGCCAUCAAAGAGCGCAUCGUUUCUCGGAAGGAGAAUCCUUCGAACGUUAUGUUGCCCUUAUCCCUCGGUGCGAUUCCCAAGAAGAGGCUUCUCAAAAGGAAUCUUCAUGGCAAACCCUGGAAUCACAGUGGAAACAAUGACCAAUAGCCUGCUGCAAGAAGGAGACUUUGCAUUGACCUUUUGAUCUCCUUUAGAGUAUGGCAUUUUCUUUUUGGAAAAUGAGAAUUAUUUUUCAUGUUGUGUUAUGAUGUUGAUGCUGAAUUGGACCUGGAAGGUAUAGAACUAUGACGUUUACUGGUCAGAAACACACUGACAUUUUUCACUUGGCUUCAGUUGCACAAAAAACUGUUCCUAAAUCAGGAACAGCUGAUGUUUGGUUGCCCCCUGGCUGGGACUGAAUGUCAACCCUUUCAUUCUGUUUGAGCAGUAAGGCAUCCUAUUUUUUUCUGUGCUUUUUAAGAAACAACUAAGUCACAUCUGCAUCUAACCAUCCAUUUUCGAAUCUGCUUUUCCUCCCGAGGGUCGCGGUGUACUGGAGCCUAUCCCAGCCGUCUUGGGGCAUUAGGCGGGGGACACCCUGAACCGGUUGCCAGCCAAUCGCAUGGCACACACAGACGAACAGCCAUUCGCGCUCACACUCACACCUAGGGACAGUUAGGGUAUUCCAUUAACCUGCAUGCUGUUUUUGGAAUGUGGGAGGAAAACGGUGUACCCGGAGAAAACCCAUGCAGGGACCGGGAGAACAUGCAAACUCCACAUAGGAAGGCCAGAAUCGAACUGUGCACCUCCAGACUGUGAGGCUAACGUACUAACCAAUCGACCACCGUGUCACCCAAGUCACAUAGAGUUUUAUUUUAUUUUUUUUAAAUCUCACUGCCUUCUUAUCUUUGAACUGAUAACGCGCUUACUUGAGUAAAGUACUUUUGCAUCACAUCGACAAUAUAUGAUAUCAAAUUUGACUCUUGAAUGCACUGUCAGAACCUUGCGUGUACUGUACUUGUUUGCUGGUUGAACUUCCUUUCAUCUUCAUCAUACCAUAACAAUACCAAACAUUUUUUUUUUAAUUUGCAGCCGAAUGACUGGUCUAAACAUGUAACCCUGACUGAAAUCAUGCGAGCGAAGCUUGCAACCAUUUGUUUGAUGGUAAUUUUUAAACACACCGAGUGCUACCCCUCAAACAUUUCAAUGUUGUUUACUCACCGACAGGGAGGGAGCGGGGAGUGUCUCGUAUUUAAGCGUCUAUUAUGCAAAAACAACAACCGAUACCAUAGAAACGGUCUCGCUGAUUCGCUCUACAUUAGGAUCAAAGGUGUGUUUAUGAACCUGACUGUGUUGUUUCAGGCUACUGUUUCAAAUCAGCCCUGUUUGUCUUCCGAGGAACAUUUUCUCAACGUGAUUUGCUUUGGCGCUCCUCAAAGUGAAACUCGGGUUAGCUGAAGGGAAGGCGAGGUGGCAUCAUGAAACAGUAGCUCUCAUUCAUUGAAAUUUUACACACCUAUACCUCCAGCAGUGGAAGCCCGGAAUCUGAUACAUGACACGUCCACCUUCAGGGGACUCAGAGGUUGCGCACACAUCCCAGUGGAAUUUUACACUGAAAUGCUUCUGACCACUGUCACGCUGCUUUGGAAGAUAUCCAGGAAACAAAACAACGACAAACAUUUUACAGUGUUAUUAGUUAAGGGGUCACUUAAUGUGCUGUUUUGAAAUUGUUUGCUCUAGUUACAUUUUGGUCUUAAAUCCUCCAUGGCAAAUGGAGAUGAGUGUCUUACACUGUUUAGUGAAAAGUGGAUAUUCCGGAGGUUUUGGUGAAAGUGCUUUAUUUUUUUUUUAUUUUACUUUCCUGUUUCAGAAUUCAGUCGAAGCUGUUUAUAUAAAUUAUUUUUUACAUAUUGUACACAAAAUGACAAUCACUAGGUCAAAUUAUGAUUUACAUUUUUAAAACAAAAAGUUUUGAGGUCUUCUCUUUGUAUUGGAGUGUAAGGUGUAUGAAAUCACAUUCACUGUGGUAUGGCCAGUGAGUGGAGUGACAACUAUAGGUAACGCAGUCAAACAAAAUAGGUAUCAGGAAAAAUUGUACUGGUUGCCUUAGAAAUAUCUUUACUGCGAUUGCGUAUCAACAUGUCUUCAGCUGUAAUAAUUGAAACAGCUUAUGCAUUUUUGAAAAUUUGUGACCCAAUAAACAGGGGUAAAAAAAAGUUCACUCUGUUCUCUCUGAGCAUUUACUGUAUGUACAUUGUCAAGAAUCCAGUAAAAUGUAUUGCAUUAAUUAGCAUAACAGUGGUUACUAAAUCUGGAGUUUAUAUUCAUGUUUUAUUGAUUAUUCACUAAUUGCAUUACUAAAAUAAAAUGUUAUAUAUUUUACAACCACA